AUGCGCGCCUUUGCUGCCAUUGCUGCCGUUGCAGCCCUCGUUGGCUUCACCAACGCCGAUCUCACCCACUCCGAGAUGGCCAACGACACCUCGGUCAGCACCCUCGCCGCCGGCGGCUUCUCCUGCGCCAAGCUCAAGCCGCACCUCAACAAGGCCGACUGCGAGUACAUGUCCAAGAUUGGCAUCCGCGGGCAGGGCGAAAACGCGCUCUCGCCCAACGGCAAGGCCUGGAUCGGCACCCAGGGGCCCUACACCUUCAAGUUCACCAACAACGCCAUCCACCCGGCCGCGCGCCCCGUCACGCUCAUCCUCUGGACGUGGCAGAACGCGCAGGACUACCAGGCCAUGUGCGUCAACGUGCGCGCGCCCAAGAUCAGCGUCUCCCUGCCGCGCCCCGGCGACUCCAUCACCAUCUCGCUCGCCGCCGGCGUCACCGGCGCGUUCGCCUCGCUCGACGGCCACGAGACGCGCCUCAACAACGUCGGCCAGGUGGACAACACCUGGGGCGAGUUCAACACGGGCAGCUACGCCACGUUUGACGUCUCGCGCGAGGUCAACAGCAAGGGCCACGCCAUGGACAUUCGCGGCAGCAACGGCUGCGUGUCCAACCUGGUGACGUGCGUCUUCAAGUGCAAGGACGCCAACGCGAGGACGUGCGGCGCCGCGGGCUCGUACCACCUCGUCAACUGCGGCGGCAAGAACCCCGGCGCGCACACGGACAAUGGCGGCGCCGACGGUGGCUGCGGCGGCUGGGGCAGCGGCCGCAAGCAUCUCGAUGUUCUCCUCCGCUGGGCCAAAUAA